AUGACUUCGUUUGGCGACUACCACCUGAUUUGGUACGAUGUUCGUUCGGAGCGAGACGCGUUUCAGCCGGACCAGUUUAUCUUCGAAACCGUCGUGGAGAGCGCGCCAAGUCUCUCUCGAGUUCGCAGUGCCAAUGAUCUGUUUGAACUGCUCUCGGGAGGUGACAGGGAAGCGACCACAAAGGUAGUGGUAGCUUUGAUGGCACUUCUGGGUGGAAACUUGAUAGCUCGUGGUCAGUACACAGCAUUUGUCAGCUUCGUCGGGAUUUUUUUGACAGUUGGAGUUUUCCAACAGCUCAAAGGACUCGCACAAGCAUCUGCAGUCCUACUUGUGUGUUACUUUCUCAAGACGACAAUCUGGGAUGGAACUGUGUCCUUCGAGUGGCUUCUUACAGUGUUGGUCAUAAUGGUUCUGGCAGUCUUCCUGGUCAUGGUCAUUCGCAUCCUCUCGAGGCAGGAUCCUCGCAGCUAUGUCCUGUUGAAGGAGCAAUCAUCGUCGCACCACGCAGAGAUCCGCAACAAAUGUUGCAUGGAUGUUAAGGUCUUAAGCUUUGAAGCGUAUGACAAUGUGCGCUUCGUGCCACGGGGGGGUUUGCUGCCCGAGGGCUCUGUUGUCCCUCGGGGUGGUCUUAUUCAGUUAGGCAAUUCGCCUCCGUACAGCGUGAAGAUCUUUUCGCCCUUUGAGACGGAGCUGGGUACCUGGACGGAUGUCCAGGGCCGUUACGUCCUGCGUGAGACCAUCCCAGCCCUUCUCCUCCGAGCGAGUUUGGGACCCGUUUCCAUCUUCCGGAACUCCACAGACAAAAGCCUCGUCUUAUGCCUUUGCAAAGCGAACCACUGGACUAGCAGCUUGUGGCUUCCACUCUCCCAGGCCAUCGCACGCUUGCAUUGGCCCGGAAGAGUCGUUAAACCACAGGAGGAAGUCGAAGUUCCCAUGGUGCCGUGCGUAGUCCGUGUGUACACGGGCUUCGUCAACGUUUUCGGAGCGCAUGGUCUUCCUGGAGGAAUUCUUGAACAAGCAUGCUGCAUGCUUGAAACUGGCGAAGACGUGGAUUUUGUCGGGGGCGUCACCUGGUCCCGCCCUCUGGAUCGCGCGAGGAAUAGCAUGUCAUCUUUGCUGUCGCUGAAUCGUAAGUAG